AUGGCUCAACGGAGAACUGUAGAGUCGAUCCAGUCUCGACCGUCCACCCCCCAGCCUCAGGACUCCAGUCUGAGCGAGCCGCACCCCGACCAGUCGGCCCAGGACGAAGGGAAGCAUCGACAUCAUCUACAACAAAAGCUCCGAUCGCCUGCACCCCAACCUGAUCAAGACAAACCACAACCACUACUCCCAGGUCCUUCACCUUCAGCGUCACCAGCACCGGCACUACUAGUACCGCAACCCUCCUCCGCCGGAUCAGCACAGGCACAGACACAUUCAUCCACUCCAGGGACAGCCACAAGAGCUACAUCAACAGCAGCAGCAACAACAACAACAACAACAACAACAACAACAACAACAACAACAACAACAACAACAACAUCAACACCUACUCCGGAUCUACAGCAACCAAGCAAAGACGCGAGCUCGGCUACCACUUGCACGCCUCCGGUUGAGAUAGUCGAAACAGGGGCUGGACAGAGCUCCGUCAGAAGUGGUGACCAAGGGAUAGCUACAGACAGUGCUUCCACCAUCACCACCAGCACUCCUCAAGAUCCCCGCGUGCCAUCAGAAGCCGCUCCUCCUUUGGCCGAUACGGUCUCCGGGCAGCACCAGCAGUAUAACCAGCAACAACAUAUUAGAGCACCGCACAGCGGCAGUGCACCCCGUGUUUUAGUGCCCACGCCCAUGUCCCAACCGCAACAACGACCUGGCCCACCUACACCUCGCCAGACACCGACCAUGAACUAUCCCGCCCCGUCACCGUAUCCACCUGCGGGCAUGCAUCCGGGCGCGCAGUACGCCUACGGAGCGCAAGCGGUUGCCCAUGUUGACCCCUACCGAACGAACCAGACGGCACUCCCGAGCAUGCGGACGUUCGACCAUGUGCAGCAGCAGCAGCAACAACACCCUCAACACCAGAUGCCCCUACCGAACCACAUGACAGUCUCGAUGGCGCAAAACCAGAUGAGCUACUAUGCGCCGAUGCACCCAGCAUACCAGAUGCAUCCGGGACAGAGCGUGGUGCACUAUACCUUGACAGGUCUCACGCCGGAUCCGCGCAUCGCUCUGAGCGGAGGAAGGCACAAGAAGGAGAUCAAGCGCCGAACCAAGACGGGGUGCCUAACGUGCCGCAAGCGCAGGAUAAAGUGCGACGAAGCCCAUCCCACCUGCAACAACUGCAAAAAGUCCAAGCGGGACUGUUUGGGAUACGACCCCAUCUUCAAGCAGCAACAGCAGCAACAACAGCAACAGCACCAGCAGAAUCUGGCUGCUCAGUCGACUCCCAAGUCUCAACACUCUGCUCCCGCUUCACUCACGUCUACCCCGACUGUACCAUCCUCCAGCGUCCCUCCAAGCCCAUACCAGUCACAGGCUCAACCUUACCAGCAGCAACAGCAGCAGCAAUCCCCGCCGUCUCACCACUAUCACCAGCACUCACAUCAACAGCACCCUGCUUACCAACACCAACAACACCCUACCUCGUACCCACCAUCUCAUUCUUCCAACACACCAUACGAGUCUCCAGUGUCAUCCACUUCCCCGGGUUUUGAUUACGGAAGUGCCAUUGACCCGGCUCUCUCAGGCACCGACACGCCAAGCGCUUCAGGAACGCCUACACCAAAUUCACAGCUGGCCAGGCCCGACGACAGGAAUUUUGGGAACGUGGGCCAUUUCCAAGGCGCAACUCCUGCUGGCUCCCCUUUGUCGGUGACCUCGUUUGCGCAGCAGAGAUAA